AUUGAGUUCUGUAAUUAUUAUUUUCAGAGAAUUUUUCUCAUUGCCCAUGUUUUAAGGAUGGUGAUUCUUGCUUGUGUUCUUGAAAAGGGAUUAGCAGAUGCUUUUAUUCCUUUCCAGUGAGGACACGAGCUAGCUAGAGUAGUGGUGGAUCCAGGAAAAAAUGUCUAUAUUCAGCAGUAAAAGAAUUUGCCAGAACUAGUAACAGAAUUUUACAUUAAAGUGGUACAUUGUACUCGAACGAUCUGCCAUGAUGGAAAAUAAACCACAGACACAUCCUUUCCGAUACAAGAAAGAUCAGGCUAGUUGUAUCCGGGGUUUUGCUAAUGUGUUUGACUUCCGCCAUGGUUGGUCUACAAGAAACCUACUUGCAGACAGAAGGGAAGGUAGAAGACAAGCCGGUGGUAGUUCACGAAUGAAGCUUGCAGUACCAAAUCCUAGUGGAAAGUGUAUUUUUGUUGAGGAUGAUGACGAAAGUGAGGCAAAGACAAUGGAGUUUAAGACAAGUGUGAAAGAACUUAUGGAAGAAGAUAUGUUAGGUGAGCCGAGGCUGAAGAAUCAGAGAAACGAUAUUGAAUUUGAACUGGGAACAUAUAGUAGUAAUAAUAGACACAAGGGAAGAAGCAUUGCAAAGAGGAACCAUGGAAGGACUUACGAAAGAUCUAGAAGUAUGUCUUUAUCUGGUUUGGAUGACUUGCAAAUAAAGAGCAGUAGUUUCAGGAAGGAUGACUUGCAAAUAAAGAGCAGUCGUUUCAGGAUUAAAGAUGUGGGUUCUGAUUACAAUGAGGAAGAUCGAGCUCGCCAAGCUCUUGAAGACAAGGUAAGUGCGUCCAUUGAGAAGUUUGUAAGCCAGAAUUUGAACGACGCUAGACACCUCAGUCAAUAUGGGGCUACGGGUGACUCAAAAGAUUUAAUGGAUGCUCUGAAAGCGUUAAGUUCUAACAAGGAAUUGUGCUGGAAACUCUUAGGGGAUCCAAAUUCCAGGCUAGUGAAGCGCAUAGAAAGCUUGGAGGAUGAAGAUGUUGAGGAAGGGGGGAAGACCAACUCAAGACUUGAAUCUAAUUUGAUGCAGAAAAGUUCAGUUCUUGAAAAAAAACACGAGACCGUUAAAACAAAACAAGCCCACUUUUUUCGCCGGAGAAUCAAGUCUCAGGAGAGCUACCCUCUACCACAACAUGAGAAAUCCCAGAUAUCGCGCAAAAUCGUAAUUCUAAAACCUGCACCAGCUAGCUUGGAAUCCCAUGUUUCUCACUAUUCUCAUACUAAGUUGCAGAGCGCAAAAACCUCGUUGCACUUUUCUUUCACUGAAAUAAAAAAUAGGCUUAAGAAAGCCAUGGGAAAAGAAAAACAAGAGACCUCCCGGGACUUAUCCAUUCAUAAAAAGCAUAGCAAUACUGAUAGAGGGAUCAGUGGAGAAAAUAGUGGUUGGAGCUCUCCUAACAGAAACCAUUUUUACAUUGAGAGAUUCGCAAAACCUCCCUUUGGAUUUGUGGGAGUAGAUAAGAAAGGUAAGGCAAAAGACAUUGAAAAAGAUGCAUCUGAUCAUCCCAACCUGAGGGUAUCAAAAUCCUCUUUUGAGGCAAAGGAUGAUCUCCUUGAGAUGUUGGACGACAUGGAAAAAGAGGAAAAAUCUUUUAGUGACGGGCUGCCUGUAUAUCAAGAAAGAGACCAUUCUUAUCUAGACUACAAUAUAUCUCUUAACUGCAGUCCUAGGAAAUUUAGUGAUGAACAGAUCCUUCCUCCCAGGAAGAGAUUGAUUCCUUCUGACUCUUAUCAGACAGAUAUUGGAGUCAUGCAUAAGCUUGAACAAGAAGACCGGAGUGACCAUUCAUCAAACAAGGAGGAUCAGUCUUUUGCUGCAGAAAUCAAUGCAAAACAGGACAUUAAAUUGGCCAAUUCAAGGCUUGAUGUUCCAUGCGACAUUCCCCUUGACAUUUUAUUGGAAAAAGCAAUUCCAUUAACAAAUUACAAAGGACUUGAAUCAGACAGGAAAGAAUCAGGUUCAGCUGGAUCCCUGGAGGAUGAAAAACUGGUAGUUUCUUCUUGCGAGCCAAGUAGUUUUCCAGUUAUUAAAGAGAGCGGACAUGCCGACGUUACAGAAGCGUUUAACAAAGAAACCUUCUUCCAAAGCUCAGAUUUUUCAUCUGUAUGUUUAAGGGAUUUUCCUACACAACAAGAAAUCAUUCCUUGUUGGUCGGACCCCCCUCUGCAUCCCACAGUCGAACACGAAAUUCAACCUCAGAAAAUCCAUUUUCAAGAACCAGCAGCCUCUUCUUCUCUUGACCAACAACAGCUUCACACGCUUGAUUUUCCAGAAAAUCAAGAAUCUGCUGCAUUCGAAUACGUUGAAGCAUUGCUGCUAGGUUCAGGGUUGAACUGGGAUGAAUAUCUUUCCACCUGGCUUUCGUCAGAUCAGAUUCUUGACCCAUCAUUGUGUGAUGAAAUAGAGUUACUGUCUGACCCAUCUCUUCGAAAAUUCCUCUUUGAUUGCGCAAACCAAGUCCUCUCCAAGAUGUGUGGGCGCUAUUUUGGGUGCUUCAGAGGCAUGCCAUUAGUCAAAAACAAUGUACAACCAGUUCCAAAGGGGAUGGACCUGAUCCAAGAGGUAUGGGAAGGAGUUGAAUGGCAUCAUCUCAGCAACCCAUCACCCUCUUAUUCUUUGGAACAGCUUGUUGAAAAGGAUAUGGCAAUGCCAGGGACAUGGAUGGACCUGCAAUCUGAUCUCCAAGAAAUCGGCUUUGGAUUGGAAGAAGCUAUUAUAGAUGGCUUGGUUGAUGAAACUCUAUGGAUCCUUGCAAAUGGUACUUCAGAGGGUGUUCUCAUUUCCCCUGGGAGAGGACGCAACCGAGACGGGGACGUGAAAAUACCAACUUUUCCAAAUUUUAUUAAGGAUUCGGGUGUCCGGAUACCCCUAAGUACCCAAACAGAGAUGUUCCAAGGAUGAGAAAUGACACUUAUUUGAAGAACCCGUGGAAUAUAGGCUGUAACUAGAAAAGUAUAGCUACCCACAGUUGUGUGACAUUUUUUUUCUAUAUACAUGUAACAUUUACAGAUGUAAGUACAUAGUGGUUGUACCUGAAAGAGUAAAAAAAGAAAAUGGGAACAAUAAU